UAUUCUGUAAAUAAUUUUGCGCAUGCGCUCCACGCAUAUAAAACGCUUCUGAUUUUCACAGAAUUAAGAAAAGUCAGCUAGACCUGUUUAUAAGCGACUUUAAGCGCUCGAAGGCACGCAGGAAAGCCGCAAGUCGCUUUCUUAUCAACGAGGCAUGGGCAUCGGAUAUGAUUACACAUCGAUAUCAUACAGUCCAGUUUUAUUUGCGCUAUGGUGUGGGACCGCAUUUCGCCCCGAAUUUGAAGACAUCCGACGAAAUAGACAAGCACUUCGUAGAAUCUGAAUCACACCCAAAGCAAGCUACGGAGUUAGCCCCAGAGAUGGCAGCACGGACACCGGUGGACGCCGCUGUCGACGCUGUUGCCGAGGAAACUGGCGAAGUCGAGGAAAUUCAGGCGUUGCUUCAUCCGACGAGCGCAAUGCAGGUAACCCUGCCGAACUAUCCUUCCGACCCUCCCACUUCGAAGAAGCCGAACAAGAAAAGCCACAGACGGAAAAGGCGUGGAAGUGAGGUGCAUUCCGAGGGCAAGUACAGCACCAAUUCGCCAAGCUCGUCGACGGUGAACGAUGAAAUUCUGCCACUCAAUGUUGCAGAGAAAAGCUCUGCUCCAGUGGGGCUAACAAUUGAAGAGGCAUCGACGGCGGCAGCAGAUCCUGACAUUCCAGCAGUUCUUGUAGACCCUCCUUCCAAGGGCACGUCAUGUGCGCCCUCUAGGGAUGAGGAGAUCUUGGAGGCUCUUCGAGACAUUGUGAGAAAAUGCACGGUCCAGGACCCGGACAAGCGAGCGUCGGCGGCGGAAGUGUAUGCGACACUGGAGAAGCUGUUGUGAGGGAUGAUUUCAAGGCCUGCACAUGUUCUGUAUACCUAUACACUGCAUCCAGGUUUUGUUAAGUUGCUACUUGAGAUCAUAUUUUAAAUCCGUAGAUCAGCACUUUCCUCAUGAAGGCAGUUUCAAAAUGGGACCACAGCGUGUAUUUGUUCCUGAAAUAACUCUGAUUUAGCCUGUAGGAAUUCUCGAAUAUAUGCUUUGUAUUUUGGGUGGUACCCUACGAGGUCAUUUUAUACAUCUGACGCAAGGGUAAAUUUGUUUUAAGGCAUGUCCUUUUGGAGGAUUUGGAGUGAAAACAAACACUACAGUUUAUUUUUGCAUGUGGGUUGAUCCUUUAGUUUUAACAUUACCUUAUGGCUAGAUAUAUUGAACUCCUUCACUGACAGUAUUGCAUGCAAAGUAUCUUUUAGAGCACAGCUCUUAGGUGCCCAUUUCCGCGUUUAGCGGUGGCGCCGUCGCAGUCGCUGUAAUUGCGCGCGUUGCAUUAUGGGACGUCAAAGACCUAUACACCAAUUAAAUUCCUUGCUAAAUUUAGCGAAGAAACUGUAUUGGUGUGUAGGUCUGUGAUGUCCCAUAAUGCAAUUGGUGUUGAGGUCAUGUGGCAUCACUUUUCCAGCUAAAUUUCGCAAAGAAACUUGCUGUGUAUAAGUCACGUGACAUGAAGUCAUGUGACGUCAUUUCCUCCGCUAAAUUUAGCAGGGAAACUGAAUUGGUGCUGAGGUCACGUGACGUCAAUUUUCCCGCUAAAUUUAGCGGGGAAACUGUGACAUUAUGUGAGGCCACAGGCCACGGCUUCACGAUGCGGCUUUACGAAAUUUGAAGCAACUAGCCGAAGACGUUUUAUGUUGAAACAAACACCGCGCGGGUGGGGCUCUUGCCGUACCCUCCUUGUCCUCCCUUGCCUACCCUCAAACAAAACAAGAAAAAUUUUAUAUAUCUCAAAUUCUCCACCGUGGUAUAUCACAAUAUCAACAUACCUCAAGAGCUGCGCUCUAAUUUUGCAUUACAGAGAAUCGUAAACGUCUGUAAUAUUUUUUUUAAUCUUUAUAAUUGCUUCAGUUUCCUUGCCCCAUGCCACAGAAGAAGGGUAAAUUUGCGUUGUUUUCUGUCCACAUUGCCACCAACUCUUUAGUUGGCUUGUGUGUUUAUUUGUGACAAUCUGGGGUGAGAAACAUUCUUGAGAUUUCUUUAAAAGUUUUCUAGUCUCUCUGGCUCUGGCAACAAAAUGAUGAGUUGGGCUUGUAGUUUCAUUACACACUAAAAGCACCAAAAAGACAGGGACAAAGUAAAGACGGCAACACGAGACAACUAGAAUAUAUAUAAGGACCCUUGAGUUGCGAAACUUGGCCCAACUGGGAGGCAUCGGAUGAAAUGUGCUUUUUGUAUUACUCCCGAGAUCCGCCAUGGUGAUGGAGGCAGAUGAUACAAUUGUUAAAAAACUGUUGGAGCAAUGAAGGAGAAAUUACAUUUUCUAA